GGGGAGGAGAAAAACAGAGGAGGGGAGGUGGGUGAUGGAAGAAAGGAAGCUGAACCUGUGACUGGCAGGAAGAAGGAAAGGAAAGUGACUGACAGCACAGUGUGGCCGACUUUCAAAAGGAAUAGUCCAGCUUCUAUGCAAGUUUUGUAAAAGAAGACAUUUGGAAUAACUUCUUCUUUUGAUCCUCAGGGUCUUUAGGUCUUUUAAAGUAAAGAUGAGCUGUAUUCCUGCCUCGCACAGUAUGAGCACCAUUCUCAGUCAAGUGGAAUCUCAAUUGGAGGAGAGUCCAGCUCAGAUAAGAGGGAGCAGAGCUUACCAGAUCUUCCCUGAAGCCAACAUAAAUGAAGAGUCAGAUUCCAGCUCCUAUCCUGAAGACUUUCUCUACAAAAGGGAACGUCUCCCCUCUAUAGUUGUGGAGCCCACAGAGCACAGUGAGCUGGAGAGCGGGGAACUGCACUGGCCUCCACGAUACCUAAUGAGCAACAGUGUGGAGGAGGAGGAGGAGGAGGAUAGUAGUGUGAAUCACACAGAAGGCUCUGUGGAUGGAGAGCAGCAGGAGGACAUGGGGAUGGAAGAAGGCUCAGUUGCCAGGAAGUCUUCUAUUGGGCCGUCCCAGAGUCAACUGUCCCUCUCUCGGCUGACUCCGCCUGCCUCCCCCCCCCCUGAGGCUGCCCCACCCUGCCUGAGGAGCUGAACCAGUAUGGGCUGAUACCACUGCAGUUCACCAAAGCUGUGUGUAACCUCUGUAAUGUGUAACCUCUGCAUAUCCCAAUAAAAGAGAAACCCUUUGGGAAGGUUGAGAUGCUUACACAUGUAAAAUAUUUUGACUAAAUAAGGUCCAUUUCAAAUAACUAAUACUAAGCUGAUUCCUGUACUACUAUUUUUGGAUUGAUACCUCUAGCUUAAAAUAACCUGUACUAUGCUGCUAUUGUGUCUGACACUGUGGACUGAAGGUAACCAGAGACUGUAGCAAAAACCUGCCGGACCUUUUUCCUUUGUGACACAGAUCUUAUCCCAUAGCAAAUAAGCAUGUGAUGAAUGACUAUCAGGACCAGUUUACUAAACACUAGCAUGAAAGCCUGGCACAGGCCCAACAUGUCUGUUAUGGCUGUUACUGUAGUAAUGGGAGCUCUAAUUCUGUCAUGAAAUAACUCAGUCAUGACAUAGUGGACCAACAGAAAGGAGGACACCUCAAUAAUUUCCAAAGGGAAUAAUAGUAGUGGCCUAUGUGGGUGUUUGAAGGGAGGAGUUUAGGAAGAAUGUCCCAGUGGUCAAGUUCAGGGAUGAGACUAAGAACUGAAGCAUCCAUGUUUGAACUAAGGUCUGACCAGUAUGGUUUAUGAGGUCUUGAUAGACCCCAUUCUGUGCCAGCAUUGAAUAUUGUUAAAUUACUACUAUUACCUACUAAUAAAUAAUUUUGUGUCAAGGUGUAAAAUCCUCUUUAAUGGAAUUUAGACCAUGUUUAAAUUCAAACCCUCAUCAUUGAAAAGAUUUACUGCAACAGUUAUAAUGCCCUUAUUGCAGACCAUUCAAAUUAUUAAAAUACUAUAUAUAAACAGUUA